GUCUCUCGCUUUCCUCGUGUAUGCGAAACUGUUUGCUCACAAGAGCGGUGUCAACUCUGCCUCCCACUGAGAUACUAUAGCUCGAGGAUAGUUAAGCCCAAAUCAUACCUAGAUGAUAAGCAUCUCCCACAAGGCGAUCGGCGUGGCUUUUGUUCCUUUUUUCCCCAUGCGGAGAGCAAACAGCUCAGCUGUCGCAUGAUGCCGGCUGCAAGGGCCAACCAGAAACAUGUCAGCGCUCAGCUCAUGGUUCCGGCAUGGCCCAAUGCACACGAGUGGAGGAAUGCGAGUAAUUUGGACGGUGAACCUCAGGGUCUCAUGCCAAGAGAAGGGAUACUCCCGUCAGUAUUCAUGUGUGUACUACAUGUGCUACAUGUAUCAGUCAAGAGAGAGACAAGAAGAACGAGGAAGGGGGAGCAAAUCCACAUGUCUCGAAACUGCAGCAACGGCUGCAUCUCCAUGGGAGGACCCGCUCCGUUGGGUGUAUCAAAUGGCAUUUCACUGAGACCGAGUCUUGAAAUUUCUCUCAACUCCCUUCAAGUCCAUGUGUACUCUGCCCCUUUGUACACCAAGGCGAAUUCAAGUGAAUUGCAUCAAUCAAUCCCAUCUCAUCCCACCAGCUCACUCAACCGUAAUCAUCCCAUCCCAUCCAACAGACCGCCCAAAUAGUAGCGGCUUUUGCAGCUGGCCAACCAACCAGUGCAGCGGUAUACAACGGCCCCUAGAAAAGCCAGCUAGGCUGCUGUGGGCAACCGGUCGGUAGGUGCUAAGCUGGCACUAACGGAGCGUUGGGCAAGGCGCUGACUUAUUUGCCUUUGUGCACGGCCAGCGCAUUGCUGCCUCCCUCUUCCCUACCUGUACCUUGUCGCUUGUACUCGUACAGGCCACAGAGCCGCCCGUUUCGCAACUCCACAACCUGUGC